AUGGAAGAGGACAUUGAAGAUGUCGAUAUGAAUGAAUGUGCAUCAUGCUGGACUUCACCACUUACAUUUGAUAAAUCUAUCAUACGAGAUGUCGAUUCUGAAUUGUUAACAAAACGUCGAUGUUCAGGUAGAAAUAGACGUUGUGGACCAAGUAAUUCUUCUAAUGAUGAUGGUGGUAGAAAUAAAGGAUUAUUUAGAGGAAUAUUAUAA